UGUUUGUACCCUCUGCUUCCCCCUAGCUCCUGUGUCAUUUCCUCUAUUUUUCACAUCCCUGCACGUGUUUGUCUUUCUUCAGGUGACCAGUAUGCACUGAAGAUGAGGUUCGUGGACCAUGUGUUUGAUGAGCAAGUGAUAGAUUCUCUGACAGUGAAGAUCAUCUUGCCCGAAGGGGCCAAGAACAUCCAAGUUGACAGUCCCUAUGAAAUCAUUCGGGCCCCAGAUGAGCUGCACUACACUUACCUAGACACAUUUGGCCGCCCUGUGAUUGUUGCCUAUAAGAAAAAUCUGGUGGAACAGCACAUUCAGGACAUCGUGGUGCACUACACGUUCAACAAGGUGCUUAUGCUGCAGGAGCCACUGCUGGUGGUGGCUGCUUUCUACAUCUUGUUCUUCACUGUCAUCAUCUACGUCAGGCUGGACUUUUCCAUCACAAAGGAUCCGGCUGCAGAGGCCAGGAUGAAGGUGGCUUGCAUCACGGAGCAAGUCUUGACCCUGGUCAACAAGAGAAUAGGUCUCUACCGUCACUUUGACGAGACUGUCAAUAGGUACAAGCAGUCGCGGGAUGUGUCCACUCUCAACAGCGGCAAGAAGAGCCUGGAGACGGAGCACAAGGCCUUGACCAGUGAGAUUGCAUUGCUACAGUCCAGGCUGAAGACAGAGGGCUCUGACCUGUGUGACAAAGUGAGCGAGAUGCAGAAGCUGGAUGCGCAGGUCAAGGAGCUGGUGCUGAAGUCCGCGGUGGAAGCCGAGCGGCUGGUGGCCGGCAAGCUCAAGAAAGAUACGUACAUUGAGAAUGAGAAGCUCAUCUCUGGAAAGCGGCAGGAGUUGGUCACCAAGAUCGACCACAUCCUAGAUGCUCUGUAGCCCCUGACAAUUACCAUCGGGGUGGGCCUAGGGUGCUGCACUUUCAGAUGGCAGGUUGGAGGUGAAGGGGGGAAGGCAACCAUCAAGGCUGCUGAAUGCUGGCAUCUGUAUUUUUACAAAAGGCCUUCAAGGAAGUGAAGCCAGACCCUGCCAUAGGCAACACAAGAAGCUUAGUUUUUAUCUUUGAAGGGUUCUUUAAAAAAAAAAAAAAUUAAAUCCCAUUAAAAACAAAAUAUCUUUGCGUUUUGAACAAAGAAAUUUUCAGUAGCUGAUUGGUUUUGUUUUGUUCUGAAGCCUAGGAUAUCCUUUAAGCCCAAAAGCCCCUUGUUUUUUGUCUUUCUAAUUCCCUAUGUUUGGGUAUUUUGUGAGUGUAUGUUUGUUUUUUUUAAACGUGUGUGGCCAAAUGAAAAUAAAGCAGGGACUGUGAACAUUUGUUCUGGUGACAAUCACAUGUCAUAACA